AUCACUCUCUGUUUCUUCUCUCUCCGCAUGACUGCAUCCAUUCCGUCCAUCAUUGCCGAUUACGCAUUUACGCAAGUUGCCAACCAACGCCAAUGCUCGCCACUGUCGUCUCCUCUCACUCACCGGCCGCUCCCAUAUAUCCGCUCACUCCGCCGCCCCAACCAAUAUCUACGCCGAGAGAGAAAGAGAGAGAGGGAGCCGCCGGCAUGAACUGCGUCAAGAUUCUCGUACUGCUCUCCCUCAUCCCUCUCGCGCUGAGGGGGGCGUCGCUCCUCGUCGUCCCGUCACCUUCCGCCCCUGACUCUGCAUCACGCACCGGCGUCUUGGCUCCGGUGCCGGCGGAGCAGUGGAGGCAGGAGCGGAGGAGGACGGUGGGCCGUCAGACUCGGGGCGGCCGCGCCACCACCAUCGCUCCCUUCGCCCCGCGGCGGUUCGGCGGCUUCUUCCGGGACGACAAGAGGUUCGCGCCGACGGGGUCGAACCCGCUGCACAACCUGUGAUCGGCCGCCGGUGGGGCUGACUGCUUUCGACCUCUGUCUUUGCAAAGUCUACCCAACUGGUGCACUGUAAUUUUCCUCUUGUACAUACGGUCUACCGAAUCAGUUAUUGAUUUUGCAUUGAUUGAAUGGGCUGUCUCUGCGUCU